AUGUGCAAGGGAUACAAGGUGGGAAGUGAGGAAGUGGAGGUCUCUUUGUUACAGUUCGUGGAUGGCACGUUGUUCUUUGAAGAGGUAUCAAGUCAUGAUAUUCUAGUAGUAAAAAGCAUUUUGAGGAACUUUGAACUUAUGUCCGAGCUUAAAGUAAAUUACCACAAAAGCAAGGUGGUCGGGAUUUUAGUGGAUCAUAGAAGAACUCAGGGUCUUGCGGAUAUCCUCGAUUGCAAGACGAUGAAUAUCCCAUUCAUAUACCUGAGGAUUCUGGUAGGUGCGAACCUGAAGAAGGAGGCAACAUGGGAGUCGGUGAUCAACAAAAUGAAGAGGAGGUGGCGUUUGAUGAAUGAUGAUGGAAGUUUUUGGUAUAGUGUAGUGAAAGAAAAGUAUGCUAAUUCUCAUUCUGAGUGGUCAGUACAAAGAGCAGCUACGGUUUCAGGGUGGUGUAGGAGCUUGUGGAGUUGUGCGGAGGAGGAGGACUGGUUUGAAGGUCGUGUGAACUCUAUAUCUGAUAUGGGCACUUGGGUGGAUGGCGGCUGGGUGUGGCGGUUUAAUUGGCAACGAGUGUUGUUCGAUUGGGAGGUGCAACUGCUUGAAGAGCUGAGAAACGCAGUAGGGAGUUUUAAAUCAACAGUGGUGGAAGAGGAUAGGUGGGUAUGGGCAGCCUCUGAGGAUGGAGGAUUUUCGGUUGCAUUGGCCUAUAAAUAUCUGCAAGACCAAGGGAUGGUUGAGGUUGUUAAUGUUGCUGAUAAAGAAAGAUUAAUUGAGGUGAUUAAAUUGAAAUCUUGGAUUUGGCUCAGAGGCAAGUUAAAGGGGUUCUCCUAUUCUUUCUAUGAGUGGUCCACUAACCCAAAGGUGUGUCUCGAGGGUGCUGGUUGA